AUGGACGAAAGUGGUUUUCAUAGGUUUCCGGGACAUCUCGACCCUAGGGCUCAAGAAUUCUUCCCCACCGUCACUUUACCUUUACUACCGCUCCAAAUUUACUAUCCACACCCAUCUCCGCCACCUAUGCCGCCGCCGCACAUGGGGUACGCCCAGCAGCAGUUCUGCAACCCACCGCCGCCACCGGUAUAUGUAACCCCUGUUGAUCCACAGCCGAUUCCGGUUGCUUUACCCCCUUCCUCGUCGACGCCGACGAGGACUCUGAUUCUCAGCAUGGUUCCGACUGACGUUAGCGAGUCGACGGUGAGGCGAGAAUUGGAAGUGUUCGGUGAUGUUCGGGCCGUACAAAUGGAGCGGCUGAGGGAGGGGGUGGUGACGGUGCAUUUCUACGACGUGAGGGACUCUCAGGCGGCUUUAAUGGCAAUACAAGAGCAGCACAUGCAGCAUCAGUGCAGGCUGGGACACCAUUACGAAGCUCUUUUGCAGGCUCAAAAUAAUUCAAUUCCUUUGAUGCCUGUACCUAUUCCGCCGCUUCCUCCACCGGCGCGUGGACUUAUUUCCGGCCGUGUUGUGUGGGCCCAGUUUACCUCUCCGAUGACAUCCGCCCUCCCCGGUGGAACCAAUCAAGGCACCAUUGUCAUAUUCAAUCUAGACCCUCAAGUUUCCGCCAACAAUCUCAAAGAAAUUUUCGAAGUCUUCGGCCCCGUGAAGGAAUUGAGAGAGACACCCAAUAAGAAAAACCAAAGGUUCGUGGAGUUCUAUGAUGUAAGAAAUGCAGCAAAGGCUGUUGCAGGGAUGAAUGGCAAGGAAAUUUAUGGCAAACAAAUCGUGAUUGAAUUCAGCAGACCCGGUGGAAGGUUACCCCGGCUCUCUCAAAUCAGUCGAGUCAGUUCUUCAAGAAAUUACUGGUCAAGAAAUUCUCCAAUUCCACCACCAUCUCCUCCUCCACCGCGCCAGCACAGAAUACCUGGCCGGGCGCUGACCAAUGAGCCGCCAAGAAGUUACAAUUCAAGAACUGAAUUGUCUAAGAAAUCGAGUUUUUUCAGUGGUGGCAGCAAGAGUUCAAGUAGUGGUUCGCUUCGAGAAUCAGUGGCUUCUUUGUAUAUUGGUGGAUGUGAAGAGUCUUGUAAUAUUACAAGGCCACCAAGCAAGAAGAAUUCCAACAAGAAUAAGAAUGAAAGGAGCACUGGUGGUGGGAACGGCAGCAGUGGUAGUGGUGCAAAUUCGAAGACUAAGAGUGGGCGAUGGAAGAGCGGUGGCAGUAGUGGUGGUGGUGCAAAACACGGUAGAGAUUAUGAUCCUCGGUUUUUGAUCAACGAAGAUGCGAUUAUGGAAUCGAAUUGCAGAGAUUCCAGAACUACUGUCAUGAUAAAAAACAUCCCCAACAAGUACAGUCAGAAGCUGCUUCUGAACAUGCUGGACAACCACUGCAUUCACUGCAAUGAACAGAUUGCCGACGGCGAUGAUGAGCCAUUGUCCGCUUACGAUUUCGUCUAUCUCCCUAUUGAUUUCAUAAACAAGUGCAAUGUGGGUUAUGGUUUUGUUAAUAUGACCUCCCCAGAGGCAACAUUUAGACUCUACAAAGCAUUUCAUAAUCAAAGCUGGGAAGUUUUCAAUUCUAGAAAAAUUUGUGAAGUCACCUAUGCUAGAUUACAGGGAAUAGAAGCAUUGAGAGAGCAUUUCAAGAAUUCAAAGUUCCCGGAGGAUGCGGAGGAGUACAUGCCGGUGUUGUUUUCACCGCCGCGAGAUGGGCUGAGAUUGACGGAGCCAAUGCCAAUAGUUACAGGAGGUGGCUGUGGAGGACGUUCGAUUAGUAGCGGUAGUCCACCUCCGCUGCUUCUGUCUUCAUCAUCUCCCGCCGCCAGUACCCAGGAAUCAGAAUCCAGUUAUGACCAUAAUAUUGAAUACAGCGAAGAUAUUGUAGAAGUAAAUAGUGUUGUCGGUCAUGAUUAUGAGGUGGCGCGUGACAGAAGCAACCCCUCAAACGGCGGCGAUAGUGGAGGCUGCAGCUGCUGA